AAUGGUCACGGACGCUUGCAUUCAGCUGUUGUACCUUUUGUAAUUUUUGAAACUACGUACAAAUAACAAUAAAUACGCAUAACUCGUCAUGAAAACGGAGUCGAACGAGAAGUGGAUUGUGUGCCGCGUCUGCCUGAACAAUCCCAGCGAGGGCGAAGAGCUGCUCCACGAGAUUUUCAGUCAAACGGCCAGCACACGUCUGGAUCAAAUGCUGCACAUUUGCGCAGGCAUACCUGUCAGUCUGGAUGACAAGUUUCCCGACAAGAUGUGCAGCAAGUGCGUGCGCUGCCUGCGGCUGUGCUACAAAUUCCGACUGACCUGCCAACGAUCCCACCAGCAAAUCAUGGAUAUGCUGGUGCGGGAGGCCAGCAACUCGAGUACACCUGGCGAAGAACAACACCUUGACCUCUCCGACGACCUUACGGUGGAGAGCGUGGUCAAGAUUUGGGAGGAAGACACCAGCCAACUGGAUGACGGAUUUAAGGUGGAGGACGACACCAGCCAACUGGAUGGCAGUUUUAAGCUGGAGGAGGAGAAGUGUAAACUGGCGAAACAGCAGCAAGAGCAGGUUAUUGCUUAUGUAGUUGAGGAUGACGAAGGGGGCGAUACCAUUUUGUACGAUGAGCAGGAUCCCACGCAUGCUGUCUUUGAUGUUGAGCAGAUUGUGAUCGAAGAGGCGGAGCCCUAUGCUGUUUAUGAGGAAUAUGAGCUGCUCACCAGCGAGAACCCCGAGACAUUAAGUGAAAGCGCCCAGGGAAAACGCUCUAAUAUUACAAAUACGGUUAAAGAAGAAGUUCCCGACGAUGACCUAUGUCAAGAUAUUCUUAGCUCGGACGAAAGUUAUGUGCCGGAGACACGGACUACUAAUAAACCACUGGCAAAUCACCAGCGAUCAAGCAGAAAGUCGGCUACACCCAACCGAACCUCCCCAGAGGUCGAAACCGCCAAAAAGAAGCCGGGCAGAAAGCCACGCAACAAGCUCAGCAGCUACAUCUGCGACGUGUGUGGAAAUAUCUAUCCCACUCAGGCCCGUCUCACCGAACACAUGAAGUUCCAUUUGGGCGUCAAGCCCCACGAAUGCGAGAUAUGCGGACGAGGCUUUGUCCAGAAUCAACAGCUGGUGCGGCACAUGAACACGCACACGGGGAACCGGCCUUACAAGUGUAACUACUGUCCAGCCGCCUUUGCGGAUCGAUCCACCAAAACCAAACAUCAUAGAAUUCACACCAAGGAGAGACCCUACGAGUGCGAUGUUUGCUCUAGAACUUUUACCUACUCGGACAACCUGAAGUUCCACAAGAUGAUUCACACGGGGGAGAAGCCACAUGUUUGUGAUCUUUGUGGCAAGGGCUUUGUGAAGGCCUACAAGAUGCGUUUGCAUCGGGGUACGCACGAAAGGGCCUGCCCUUGGAAACCUGAUGUGGAAAUGAGUGCCGAGGGAGAGGACAUCAAGGAAGAGGCCCUAGAUUUUCUUAGUUGAUUUCCCCGCAACUAGGUAACCAAAAAAUAAAUUGUUUAUAUUAAGACGAUUUGGAUAAGCCAUUUUAGUUUUAGGAUUUGAAAAUGCCACUGUUAUAGCUUCCCAUUAAACAUUGUAAGUGUAGGCUAACAUUUAAAACUAUAAAUGUAAGCUAGAUUAUUUCCGAUAAAUAUAAUAAAACGGUAAUUUUCAACUUUAA